AGCAAAUACCUUUAAUUGCAAUUGCUGUAAAAAUUGACGGUUGGUCCUAAAAUAAUGAAAAAUUUCGUUGACCUCGUCGUCUUUGGUCUGAUGGUGUUGACUGGUAUUCUGACUACAACAAGAAAUAAUGUGAUGGCAGAUGGGUCAUGCUUUGUUGAAAGAGGAGCGGAUUUCAUGACAAUUAGAGUUCCUAGUAGCAAUCUUGUUCAUACAGAAGGUCGUACUGGCAAACAGGGUCCAAUUGGUCCAAAGGGUGCUCCAGGUCCAGUAGGACGAUCAGGCGAAAAAGGAAGGCAAGGACCGAUUGGGUUACAUGGCCCUCCUGGACCACCCGGUCCCCAAGCAGUAUUGGAUUCAAGUUCUGGUAUAUUACUUCAAUAUAAAACGCAAAUAGAAAGACAAGGAGCUCAAAUUGCGGCACUGGAAGCACAAGUAUCCGCAUUGAAGAAUUGGAUUGGGUAUUACAAGGCAAGCAAUGGCAAUUUAUACAAAUGGUUUAAAGAAAAACUAAAUUUCGAUAGCGCAAAGAAAAAAUGUGAAAGUUUUGGUACUCAACUUGCAUCGGUAGGAAUGAGGGACAAUACCGUAAAAAGAGAAAUAUACGCCGCUUUGAAAAUUGGUAGAGUGUACACCUGGAUAGGCCUUCAAGAUCUCGACGGACGUGGUGCUAUGUGGACCUGGUUAGACGGUGUAGUAUCAGCGAAAAGAGAUCUGGAAUGGUCUGAAAGAGAACCCAGUAGUCCAGGUGUCGAAAAUUGUGUGAAUCUUCAUGGAGCGAUUACUUUAAAUGAUCUUGAUUGCAAACGAAGGGAAUCUUACUUGUGCGAGAAAACUUUGGAAUAAUCGAGUCGUGUUAAAUGUAAUUCCAUGCAUGAAGAUCUAACUAACUAUCGACAAUUGCUUGUUUAAUGAAAGACAGUGCCACAACAAGUUGUUCACGCAGCGAACUUUUCGAGAAUUCCCCUUACACCAUUUACGAUAAAAAAAAGAUGAAAUGCAGUGAUUAUUGCUUGAAAAAAGUCAUAAUCGGUCGUGUAAUAUCGUGAAAAUCUAAAAAUAUUCUCCGAAUGCGCCGGUUAAUGCAUUGAAAGCUGUUGACUGUGAACUUCAACCUUCGGGGAAAUAGAGGCAUUUUUCCACCUGCAUAAAACUAUGUUCUCAUAUUCACCAGGCAAUGAAAUCAUCAAUAUUUACUACGAAAACUAUUCCAUCAAUUUUACAAUACAUUUCACCUUAAUUACCGAUGCCGAUGGUAUAAACCCGAAACAACAAUAUUCUUGCUCACCCAAAAUUUUUCCUAUCAAAAACGAAACGAACUAGUCCCUGAUUUGUCGGAAAAGUACCUUGUUUCCGGAAAAGUAAGAAAUAAAGAUAGAGAUGUAUCUGCUAAACGGGAAAUCCCAAACGCCUUUCAAUAGAAUAACUUGGGCCAAAAUAGAUAGAAGAGAGGGGGGGAACAAAUACGCAACAAAUACCAUUUAAGGUAUCACUAUACUUCAUGUUGUAUCUUAUACUUUCUACACUUCGAUUGUUGAGUUUAUCGUAUGCUUAUUUAAACGAAGCAAUAAAAUCCUAAAAUGUUGUAAAAGGUUGCUUGAAACUGUUAUAUCAAAUUAACAGAUAUUUCCAGAUGAACAUCGCAUACUCCUGAUUGCAAAUUUUUGU